AUUUUGAGGGAAAACAGCAAGGUUGGCAGCUCUGGUCAGAACGCAAAGUACAACAAUUUUUUUCGUUCCGUGUGACGUGAAAAGUGCAUAUAAUAUCUGUUAAAUAUAGUUUUAGUCUAAUUUAUAAACCACAUAAAAAACCAUGUCCUUUGCGGAAAAGAUAACGGGAUUGCUGGCAAGGCCGAAUCAACAAGAUCCCGUUGGACCGGAGCAGCCCUGGUACCUCAAAUACGGCAGUCGGCUGCUGGGCAUUGUCGCCGCCUUCUUUGCUAUCCUCUUUGGACUGUGGAACGUCAUCUCCAUAUUAACGCUCAAUGUGGGCUGCCUGGUGGCGGGAAUCAUACAAAUGGUGGCAGGAUUUGUGGUGAUGCUCCUGGAGGCGCCUUGCUGCUUCGUCUGCAUCGACAAGGUGAACGACAUUGCGGACAAGGUGGACUCCAAGCCCAUGUACUUCCGGGCCGGCCUCUACUGCGCAAUGGCCGUGCCUCCCAUCUUCAUGUGCUUCGGACUGGCCAGCUUAUUUGGUAGUGGCCUGAUUUUCGCCACUGGCGUGAUAUACGGAAUGAUGGCGUUAGGCAAAAAAGCUUCGCGCGAGGACAUGGCCGCCGCUGCCACAUCGCCCACACAGAUGGCCGGCAGUCAGGCGGGCGGGCAGAUGCAGAUGGGCGGCGAUCAGCAUAUCACACUUAUGGAAGAUCCGGACGUUUGGCGUCCCACAUAAAUUCCUUGCCGCGCGAUUAGAAACUGCCAACUCUUACACAUCAGACACACACACACCAGACACACUCAACAACUAGCAAUGCAAAUGAUGCGACAAUUGAUCGACUAACAAAUAUUUUACGGCGCAUAAUUUUUAGUGUUCAGUUCAAAAAGAUGAAAAAAAAAUUAUGAAAAUCAGCGUAGUAGGGCAUCAGAGCAAUAGAAUACAGAACACCCCACCAAUUACAAAGAAAAUGAAACGAAAUUCUCAUAAUUGUUGAACCAGAAAGUGUUAAUAGUCAGUGUUUUUUGGGCAAAUGCAUUUUGUUCAUUGGCCCCCUAUUUUGCAUGUCAUUCGUAUUCCAUUUUAAAAUGUCUUUCGUCAAGCGGUUGGUGUUGUUUAAACCUACAGUUAAAUAUAUAUAUAUAUAUUAUAAAUAGAGAAGAUACUGAUAUAGUUACACAAGUCGUACACACGUCAAGCUGCAGCAAGCAUAUAUUUUUACCGAGAAAAUAUAUAUUUGAAAGGUGUCCGAAAAAGAAACCUAGAUGAGAACCUCAAAGCUUCCACAGACCUACACUCACAGCUAAACUGCGGCCAUCACACAAAGGAUUAAUGAAAAUUAUUACAAAUAAUGAACCUAGAGCAAUAUGUACAACUCAGAAGUAUUAACUUUAUAUGCUUUGCUUCACUGUAAACCAUACGAUUAAAUGUUGAACGUUGUUUGGGAAUUAUUUUAUGCUCUCGAGAUAGGCACAAAUUGAAAUUGAACAAAAUCAAGCAUUAUUCAAAUAGAUAUGAUGAACUAAACAAGUUGAGAAUUUAUACAUUUUUUUUUGGAGAACAAAUUAUUGAAAUUUUCAGUUAAAGCAUUAUUAUUUAUAUUGAUAGGUUUCUUUUUCGGGUUUUCUAUUUAUUUUAUACUAUAAGUUAUUCAUAAGUAAUUUAUUCCAAAUUCUGUUUCUUAUUAAGAACAUUCCAAUA